AUGUCACCUCUUCUUAUUGUUCUCUUAUUACUUGGUGUUGUCUCAGGUGCCUUCAAACCUGAACGUGAAUUUGAAAUAAAACAAGGCAGUUUAUUAAACAAUGGUCGAAGUUAUACAAUCACUGAUACUAGUAAAUCAGCAGUUAAAGAUGCAGAAGCUCUUUAUACAAUUUCGAAUGAUUUAAUUAGUCUUGGCAAAAAACUUGUUUUACUCGAAAAAGGACAACCACUUUAUGAAUUAAAACAUAAAUUAGGCCAUCUUUAUCAAAAAUGGAAUAUUUAUGAUGUUAAAGCAAAUGAAAAUAUUGGUACAUUAAGACAUCGUCCAUCAAUUAUUCGUGAUUCAUAUAAAUUAAAAUCAACUAAAUUUGGUAAUUUUCGUGUUACUGGAAAUAUUGGUAAUCGAACAUUUUCAAUUAAAAAGAAUGGUCGUAAAGUUGCUGAAAUUCAGAAAAAAUUACUUCAUGUUCAUGACACUUAUCGUGUUCAAAUUGAAGCUAAUCAAGAUCCAGCUAUUAUUUUACUUCUUACAAUUGGUAUUGAUGAAAUUCGUAAACAUUAA